AUGUCUAUUAAUAUGGAAGAUCUAAAGAAAGUCAAUGUGGAUACACUUACAGCUAAGGAAAAAUAGAAAUGUUAUGAGGCUUUUGUUGCAUUUGAUAAAAAUGUAUCAGGAUAUAUUGAAAAAGAUGAGUUGAGAGCGGUUUUAGAAGAAAUGGGAUAGAAGCCCUCAGAAGAAGAAUUAAUUAAGAUGAUUAAUGAAGUAGAUUUAUCAGGGAGAGGAGCCAUAAGCAAAGAGGAUUUCUUAAAAAUUAUAGCUUAUCAUAAAAUGAUAUUAUAGACAAGUGAUGAGGAGGAUAUAAAACUUGCAUUUAUAGCUCUUGGAGGUAAUGAAGACAAGACUGGAUCUGUAGAUAGAUAAAAACUGAUCAAUGUUAUAUAAAAUGAGUUUAAUCUGUCAAUAGAUUUAAAUAGAUUGAUAAAAGAACUGUCUCCAAACCAAAAUGAGUUGAAAUAUGAAGAUUUUCGUAAUUUACUGUAAAACUGAAUUAUCUAAUUCUAAUAUCAAUAACAUUCGUUUAAAAUAUAAUUAUUCAUACA